ACCCCAUUCAUAAUUUUGUUUGCAUGGCUCACAUGACCAGCAUGUGAGAACCGAUCUACCGUAUGGACUUUACACCGUGUGUUUGUAGUGAAGUAGUGGGGAACUAUUUGCGGCACAGAGUGGAACCACACAACGCAUGAGUCACUCGGCGCGACGGGCCUUUACUUCCGAAUCAUCAAGUCAUAUUUAUAAGGCCGGCCGGCCCGUGAUCGUGAAUUCAUUUCUUCGCCGUCGAGACAUCAACUUAAGUCGAUUUACUGCUCGAUCAAUAUUUGCUGCUUUUUUAAAAACUUCUUGGAGGGUUAAAGUAAUCAUUCCAACAGCAGAUGCCGACACAGGCUGCUCCCGCGAUCAGAUUAACCAUGUCUGAUCACAGCAGCACCACUACAACUCUACCGGUGCCCCAACGGCCACCGACGGUAACCCUGUCUACGGACCACGAGUCUUGCUCCCCGACCCACCCUAAGACCAAGAGGAAUCUCCUGUCUACUUUGAAGAACUCCCCGUCCAUGUUGAGGCGGCGGAUGAAGCCCCCUCAUCUCAACAGCACUCGGAAUUCUUGGGACAAUCCGGAUUCUACUUCGUCAUCAUCGUCACCCGUUACAUCAGGAUCGUCGUUCACCGCCAAGGAGUUCCAUGUGAAGUAUCAGGGUCGGGUGCGGGUGACCACGCUGCAGGUGAGCGAAGCGGUCAACGCGGUCAAGAAACUCGCCCCGGAGCUGACGGCAACACACUCGCCUGCCUCAUCAACAGAGGAUCUCUUGAAUGUCUCGCCCUCAACAUCUUUAUCAUCUCUGGCAUCACCGACCACCACGCUACCCCGGGCCUCCUCACCGUCUAGCCCGGCCAUGCCCAAGUCUCCCCGCUCGGCCAAGUCUCCCAAAUCACUCAACAAAUCCUGCUGCCUGAGCAUCUCCAAGCAGUGCGUCUGCAUCGACGAUGAGGAGCGGCUUGUAAACGAAACCAUCCCCAUAGCCACGGUAGCCUACUGCGCUACGGACCUGCGCUACCCUCGUGCCGUGUCCCUCAUCUGUAAGACCCACAGUAGCGUCUUGAUGUGCCACGUCUUCAUCUGCACUUCCCGGGAAAAGUCUGAGAAGAUCGUAGCCUUCAUCGGCAAGGCCUUCGAGUCGGCCUGGCAGGACUUUAAAAGCGUGCACGACCCGGCCACUCAUGGGGGACUCGGACAAAAUCUCACCAACAAUAACUACGAGUAUUUUAUCCGUGGGCGGUCGAGAUCCCAAGACAUCACCGGAACAGGACGGGGUGGCAGCCCCGGUAAUACCACUCCGGACAGGCACUCAGCUUACGAGAUCAGGAACGAUGAUUUCUCCUCCAGCCCCGAUGAUGAUUAGUACAUAGCACCACAUUAAAAACCAACAAAGAAAUGGAGAUUAUUCUCCCUCUUCGGUUCUCUCCGAUGUUUGACGCAACAUGCGCCGUUCCCCCGGCUCCGACCGAGACGUCUAUCAGUCAACACGGGGGACGAUGACGGCCGACGCGCCCGCAGCUACGCGCUCCUCGCGGGACCAAGCCCAAUCUGUCAAGUGCUGUGCUGGAGAGAUAUAUGGAGCAAAGUGACAUGUUUCACUGAGCCGGCCAGGGCAAGUCGUGAAAGAGCAAAAUGGUCGCUCAGCCUUUUCUUGGAGAUCCCAGCUUUUGGCUGAACUUUUGAGAAUCUUGUGACUAGUGAGGCAUCAAGGAUAAUACAAGUUAAAGCCGUUUUAAAAUUCCAUGACUAAAAGUCAGUAUUUCAUUUAGGGGUGAUAUAUUUACACAAAA